UGGUUCUUAAUGAUUCUAACUUGUCUAUGAUUCUAACCAAUAAAGUUAUUGUGAAAGCCAAAAGUAAAAAUUUCUUAUUCAAUCUCAAAAUUAUUUGUCGAAAUUGUUGUAUAUUUUAAACCAAUAGCUGUGUUCGUUUCACUUCAAUAUGGGAAAGAAGAAUAAGCCUGUUUUCAAUGGAUAUGCUUGUUUUAUGAACGACUUUCAAAAAAAAAGCGGACAGAAAUUUAACAGUAAAAAAGACUUAGCAGAAGCUGCGGCGUCCCACUGGGCAAAACUAACCCAACAGCAGCAACAGGUAUAUAAAGAUAAAGCCAAAGGUCUCAAAGGUGAAGCUGCAAGAUACACUUCGCAGGGUGUUAAUGUUGAUAUUAUAUUGGCAGAAGAAAAUCGGAAAAAGCUAAUUGAACAAGAAAUGAAUAACUACAUUAAUUCACUAAUGAUUUCAUUAAGUGAAAGCAACGAAUUUCCGUUUCAGAUGUUUCAUCUAAUAAGCAUAAAUGAAUUCUGUUUUUUUAAUGGAAAUAAGCGUUUCAUUCCAGCUGAAAUUGCUGUUAUAAAGUUUAAUUUACAAGAUGGAGUUAUAGCAGAUAAUGUUUUUCAUUAUAUUAUAAAGCCAGGUAAGUUACCUCUUGGAUAUACCGCUGAUGCUACAAAGAUAUCAAAUGAAACUCAUCAGUUGCCUGUUCCCUUGGGUAUUGAUAAGAGUGAAGACAACAGACAUGAAGUUACAGAAGGACUUCUAAAAUUUCUUAGGGCUGGUAUUUCAACGGUUGAAAGGGAUUUUCCUCCUCUUUUCUGUGAAGAUAAGUAUAGAGAAAAAGUGCAAAAUGUUGUUAAGUAUUUAUUAAUAGAUCAAGGCUAUAGUGAAGAUCUGAUAAAAAUUUACUCACUGGAUUCUUUUUUUUAUCAGCUGCGUAAUACAACAGCUGAUGGUGAAAUUAUUUGGCCAAGUAUCACCUUAAGUACUCUAGAAUUAGAACGUGAUGUAUAUGAUUAUUGUCCAGGAAUCGCAUGUGAUUUUCAUGAUAAUUCAGAUGUUCCAAACUUCUAUCGAUUAGUAGUUAUGUCGCAAUAA